GUCAGCCUGGUAAGCAUGUUUUGAACAUCUGUCUUACAGCUAAGGCUAGAUUAUAGUGGCAGCAAAGUGGUUGAGUGUCGAUAGCUGAUAUAUUUAACUGGUUCCAAACCUCGAUAUCUGUUCGAGCAUCGAUACUCCGCCCCUCAUUUUCACCUCUAUCUCAACUUAUCCGAAGACAACAUGAUUUCAUGUAAUGAAGAACACUGCCAUGCAGUAGUAACCGCCGUCACUACUGAGAAAUAUCGACUGGAAAGGGUUAAAGCACGUGAAUUGCUGAUUAUAUUGAUGAAGUGAAACUGGAGAACUGUUAAUAUGACAAGCCUUGUGCAAAACAAAUCCAACCCUCAACAUUUGUAGUCUUCAUGCUACGCUGAAAAAAUUUCAUUAACAACUUAUUUUUAAAAUCUGAAUCAAAAUGUAGUUUAGUUACGCAAAAUUUUAUUUAUCAAUUCAAAGAUGUGUUACUGUUUUUUCCUAACCACCUGCUGUUGCAGUGUCUAAAAUAACUAUUAUUGAUUUUUCUCUUUUUAAUGCUAAAACUAUGAGAUUCUUUACGUUUAAUAAUCUACAAUAACACAUCUGUGAAUAGAACGACAGUUUUCUUUUCAACAUAACAUUUAUAUGUUUUUAAUGACAAUAUGUGGCAAACACCACAGAGUAAGUUCCUAGCAAAUAGAGUCUGCAACAUGGUUUUCAUUCCCGUUAGUAACAAUUUCACUUGAUCUUCCAUCGCUAAAGUAUUUGAGGCAUGAACGUCACACAACUUCUUUCUCACCUCCAUGAAUCCGAAGUCCUGUGCAAUGACAACACACAUUAUGCGACUCUAUAAAGUUGGACUUAAGUUUUUUAUCUCUAUGUCGCGAUAGAAGGAACUGUUUUCGAUUAAAUAUAUUUUUAUAAUACAUCGACGGAAAGGAAGGAUAAACAGUGACAGUCUGGAGGACAUCAAGAAACUGUUGAGUCGAUACCUUAAGCUCCAUUUAUUUUAAAGGAAGGAAAAGAAAGAAUAACAUCAACAUAUCCGUCAAAAAACAACAAACAAAAACACAUCUUCGUUGAUGUCGAUACAGUGAACUUGUAAAUUCUUUAAUCAUAACUAACGAAAAUGAAACUUAUUUAAUUUCUUCUUCCCAGUCUUUAUAUCACUGGAGACAGAACUAUAUCCCAUAACAAUUAAAUUUAAAUUGUAUGCAUUUUCGGACACGAAGUGUUUGUUUAAAUACAUUUUGUAAACAAUCGAAGCUCAAAGGAUUCUUGCGGUGGAAUGAAUGAAAGAAAAAAAAAGUAUUAUGUAUUAAUAUAUAUGUCUAUACAGAUGUAUAACUAUGACAAUCAGGAAUCUAUCGAAAGUUUUAAACGUCACCUGUAAUAGUAAUGAAUUUGAAACGAUUAAUAAGUGAAGAACUAAAAAAAAUUCAGAAGAUAGCUGAAUACGACAGGUUCUUGUUGCAUGUGGAGAGUAUCUUAACUCUUCCUUUCUCUUUGAUGGCAGAAUAUAUUUUUGAACAAAAUAUAUAUACUUAAUAUAUAUUACUCACCUCAUUUUAAUCAGUUUCUAUGUAAAAAAAAAAAAAGAAAGAGAAAAUUCGUGAAGAAUACGAUAAAUUACAACAGAAUGAAAUUUCUCUUCGCUGAGAAGAUUGUUUAUACAAGUCAAAUUUUCCUUGAAACUUUUACCCUGAAACCAGAGAUGUUUAUAGCACACAUUAGAAUAUAAUGAAUAAAUAAGGAAAAUAUAUUAAACUUUAGUACGAAAAUAAAUCUAUAAUAAAGAAUGCUGGCAUUCAGCAAUGCAGUAAGAUUGUUACAGUUGGAAUAUAGGCUAGCCGAGCUAAUAUUCUAUUGUAGACUUGUUUCGAGGCUACGCACGCCGGGUCGAGUAUUCAGAAGAUGGCGGGUGUUUUGUUUGAAGAUAUUUUCGACGUAAAGGAUCUUGAUCCCGAUGGCAAGAAAUUCGACAGAGUCAGCCGCUUAUUCUGUGAAUCUGAAUCUUUCAAGAUGUAUCUUAUCUUGGAUGUCAAUACACAGACGUAUCCAGUGGAACUUGGUGACAAGUUUCGGAUGGUGAUAGCUACAACUUUACGUGAAGAUGGCUAUCCUGAUGAUGGGGAAUAUUCACCUGUUGAUAGUGGCCCAACCCGAGCAGACAGCUUUGAAUAUGUUAUGUAUGGAAAGGUUUAUAAAUUGGAAGGUGAUGAGACCGGCGCUGACUCUGGAAGACUGUCUGCAUAUGUGUCUUUUGGAGGUCUGCUGAUGAGGCUACAAGGAGACGCCAACAAUCUACACGGUUUUGAAGUUGAUUCCCACGUCUACCUUUUAAUGAAGAAGCUGGCAUUUUAAGAAAACUGAUAAUUGCAUGAACACACUGACAGACACAUACAUGUAACAUUCAUCUAUAAAUUCACCCUAUAUAUAUCCCCAUACAUGCACACACACACACACACACACACACACACACACACGUGUGUAUAAAGCUACAAAAAUGACUUGACAUGCCCAAAAUUUCAUGUCAAGGCACUUAUUGAUCACAAAUCAUUAUCUCUUUGAAUUACAUGUAUACACAUUCUCAGGAAUCACACACACACACACACACUAGAAGUGCACACUUUUAAAUACACAUACAUGCUUCUCUACAUAACCAUAUAAUUUAUAAGCUCAUAACAUUAACACAGAAAAUGUCUUAAAAUAAAUACAUACAAUAAACGCUACAUGCUUUAAACAUAACAUAUACAUAGCAUACACAAAGCAUAUAGAUACCUUAAACAUAGCCUCUAUACAUACUACAAACACAUACAGAUGCCUUAAACACACCAUAUACACAUCAUAAAUAUCAAAAAUUUCUAUUUUUCCAAUCUUUGUAAGAUUUGUUUUUUAAAUAAAGAUCACUGCCACUUUUGAAAUUACUUUGUAA